CAGUAUGUAGGAAUUACCCCCAUCUAGUGGUGAAAUUGAAUUCUUGCAUUCAAACGAAGUGUGCUCUUUAGCGCCUCGCUUUUUCAAAUGCGUGUUGCAACUACGGUAGCUGUUAUGUACCAAGAAGCUAUGACAACAUGUCUUCCAAUAGCACUUCAUCAAGUUUUCUUUCUGGUGCUGAUUCUGAGAUAUCUUUAGUUGAUCCUACGGUAGUGAGAGGAAGAGGUAGAGCGAGAGGACAGAGAGGCAGAGGAUCGGUCGGAGCUAGGCGAGGAGCAGGACGACGAGGAAGAGGAGGAGAACGGGAGACACAACCACGUCGUGGUAGACGCCCGUCAGCUAACGUUACAAGAGACGAUCUUGAAAGAAUUGAAGGUUACCAAAGGCAGAGAAGAGAAGCGACAGAGAGACUUCUGCAGGAUAUGACCCUAGAUGAUCACAGACGCCUCACAGCUGGAAUGUUGGAGAGGCAGCCGGGACUGAUCUUUGACCUAUUGUUUACGCAUCAGCAAAGACAUGGUGCCUAUACAUCUGCGGAGGUACCAGGACUACCUUGGUGUACCUGUAGCCACUGCAGAGACAUGCCAACUGACAGGGAGCGGAAAUGCUGUGGACAAGACCCAGUCCACUGUGUGAGCCUCCUGCCACAUUUCACGCAAUACUGCUUGGAUGAGGGUUAUCUGCGGAUACAUAGGCAAUACAGGGAGGACCUCACAGCGUUUGGAAAUGUUAGGGAGCCCGGUGAUGACAACAGGGAAUACAGACAUGCAGCUUACAGACACUUUAUUUUCUGGCAGCAUGGUGCAUUAGGACAGGGGAACAGGAGAGUGAUUCCCAGCUGCUGUGUUUCCAGAAUUAGGGAAAAAUUCCCAGACCCUCAUGGACAAUACACCGGCUACAUUCCAGGGAUCUAAAAGAUUGCCAUUAGAAUUUUUGUAAAUAGUUAUUUUUAUAUAUAUUUUGUAU